AUGUCUAGAGCUAUAUUAAGUGUAGAAAUUUUAGUACUGUUUAUAGCAUUAAAUAUACAUAGUAAGCCGUUUAUACUUCUCAUCCAUCACAUGUACUUUUUUAUAGCACAAAUAUUUAAAAAGUGUUCAAUAGAUCGAUUAGGAAAGAUCAGACGUAUUAAUAACUUUCCUACAGGAGAAAUUAAAAACACAUUUAUGGAAUUAUUCACAUAUUUUAUGGUAAUAGCACGGACAUCGAGAUACAAAAACAGGAGAAUUAUAGGAACCUUUAAAAUGUUUCGAUCAAAAGAAUUUCAACGUUCCGUCAUGCCAUUGAUUAUUGUUAAUUCAAUCGUUUGUACUGGCCUGUUAGAAUAUUUCGUUGAUCGAACGAUUCGUAUAAUUGGUUUUGCUUAUGUCUGUAUAAAAUUGUUCAUAGAACAAAUAGAAUCCUGUAGACAAGGAAUGGAUGUACUGAACGUUCCGGAAAAUUAUUCUUCAUUUCUCUGGUAUCAGUGUGUCAUAUAUGGAUUUUUAAUCUUCAUAAUAUUAGCUUUAACUCUAGCUGAAUUUUUUUGGUUUUCUGAGACAAUGUUAUGGCGUAGUUCGAUGUUUCUGUUGUUUUACAUCGACUUUUAUCCUGUCAUCAUAAUGUUGAUUACCGAUUUUACUUUCGUCUUUUGGAUAAGCAUGCUGAGAACAACUAUCGAUUCUCCACAACAUGCAAGAGUGCUCAGAAUGAAGGAUAACUGGGAAGAUGAUCUUUCGUUAUCUACUGUUUAUGGAACGUACAAGACGAAUGAAAACUUUGUAAAAUUAAAAAGAAUCAAACAAAUCCAUUUGGAAUUAAUGAAAUGUGCCAGAAUCAUAAAUGAAGCUUAUGGAUUACCUAUUCUUAUAUCUAUAUUUACAUCCAUCUUGGAUUUUUUAUUUUUGCAUUAUGACUUUGAAUCCUUUUUAAAUGUAAGAGAUGUAAGAAGAUAUAUAUUGACUUUCGUUAUUUCUUUUAUAUGCCGCAAACACUGGAGAGAUUCUAUUCGUGAUUUUAUGAUGCAAUUAAUUCAAAAUCGUUUAAAGUUUACUGCUUGCGGAUUUUACGACCUAGAUCAUACAUUUAUGUACAGUGCGAUUGGUUCGAUUACUACCUAUCUUGUCAUACUUAUUCAAGUUGGAGGUGAACCUGAAGUAUAUAUCAAUAAUACAAUUUAUAAUUCAACGUCGAUGACAUAA